UUUCCUCUUUAUUUCUUUAAACAAAGGAAAUCUCAUGUUGUAGGACUGGCUGAAUGGAACAUCCCGAAAGGUGGAAUGUUCGUUUGGUUGAAAGUAAAUAAAAUAAAGGAUGUAAUGGAAUUAGCAGACAAGGAAUGUAUUUCACAUGGGAUUUUUGUUAUUCCUGGUCAUGCAUUUAACUACGAUCGCUCGAAGCCUGAACAGCAUAUUAGGCUCAGUUAUAGUUUCUCGACGCCGGAAGAAAUCGAUGAGGUUCUUGUUUUGUCUGGUCCCUCAUUAUAUCUCAUUUAUUUGCCGAGUUUUAGUAACAUUUUAAAUUUCAAUAAACGACGACUUCUAUAUGAAGUUUGUUUUAAUAUUUCACUCAUUUUUGCUUGGAAAUUAUUAUUCGUGUUUUCUCUCCUUUCUUCAGGCGCUUACGAUACUAGCUGA